UUGAGUGAAAAUGAGGCCAUUUGGUCGAAUGUGUGAAGAUCCACACACCUAUUUAAGAGAGCAGGUCAGAGCUGUGGGCUCUUAUUGCAAAAGGACAGCAGACAGACAGGAACUCAAAGCUAGAAGGCCAGAAAACCAGUGAAAACUCUAAGAAGAGAUCUCCAGUGCAGCCACAGAGGAAUAUCUGGACAAGGAAGAGAGAAGAAGCUGAGGAGUGAAAUGCUCCUUUGUGGCAGGUGAAGAGGACGAGUGAAGGAACGAACUCUGACCAGGAGAAUGCUGAGUGUGGAGAUGUUUCCCGGUUUGGCUCUGGGACCACAAAGGAUUGGAGACUGUUUCUACAGAGACCAAGAGGCUCCUGCUCACCUUCCACUGUUUCCUCCCACCUGUGAUGUGUCGGCCGCAGGUCUGCCGCCGAGGCUGCUGGCUCCUCCUCCCGUCCCCAGCGAACCCACGUCCAAAGCCCAGAAAGAUGAGGUGAAGAUGGAGCUGGAGAACUCGUCCCUGUGGAAACAGUUCAGCUCAGUGGGCACAGAGAUGAUCAUCACAAAGAAGGGCAGACGGAUGUUUCCUGGGUUGAGGUUGAAGCUGUCAGGCCUGAAUCCGUCUCUGCGUUACAUCCUCCUCCUGGACAUCGUUCCAUUGGACAACUCCCGUUAUCGUUUCCAAGGUGGCGGCUGGCAGGCCGUUGGUUCGGCCGAGGCGAGGCUGCCAGACCGGGUGUUCAUCCAUCCAGACUCACCUGCCACCGGUGCACACUGGCAGAGCCGCACCAUCUCCUUCCACUACGCCAAGCUUACCAACAACACGCUGGACACACAGGGACAUAUCAUCCUGCAUUCGCUGCAUCGCUACCAGCCCAGAGUUCAUGUGAUUGAAGCCAGAGAUGUGUUAAGGUGGGGGGGAGGACAGCACUCCUUCGUUUUCCCCGAGACCCAGUUCAUCACUGUCACUGCCUACCAGAACAACAAGAUCACAGAGCUGAAGAUCAACUCCAACCCCUUUGCUAAAGGCUUCCGGGAGGACGGCAUGAACAGCAAAAAACAAAGAGAUGCAAGACAAAAGCGAAAAAUUGCUGUAUUGACAGAGACAUUGGAUAUUGAGAACUGUGAUCCCUGCGACUCCACUGAGCUCCUGCAGCAGCCCUCAGACACCAACACAGACCUUCAGGCUCUCGCUCUGGCCUCCCUGCCUCCACUUCCUGAUCCUUCAUGUGGGUUCAGACCAGAGGAGGCUUCCUAUCCGGACACUCAGCCGCUAGACCUCGGCCAGGCAUUCAUGGCAUCUCAGAUGACUGAUAUCAGCAUCACGAUGGCCAAUGGGAUGCAGGACACAGCGGGGAGUGAAGUGGCAAACAAUAUGAUUGAAAGAUCAGACUCGAUGGCUGAACCAGCGUUCACCUCCAGCUUCCCUGCUCCUCCACCCAGCUCCUCCUCCUUCCCCUCGGCUCCUCUUCCUCAGCCGUCCUCCUCCUUCUCCUCCCUUCCUUCCUCCGACACCUCCGACCCUCAGCCCUCCAUCCCUCCCAUCGACUACCCCUCCCUCCUCUCCUCCUCACCCUCGCUCUCCGCCGCCGCCACCACCCCCUCGCUGCAGCAGACCUCCUUCACCUUCCCCACUCCGCCUCCUUCCAACUCCUCCUCCCCGCAGCCGCUCCUUCCAUCCUCCUCCUCCCCUUCCUCCAACCCCUACCACGCCAUCCCAGAGACGAUCAGCCCCCAAACCGACGCCUCCUUUGCCGCCCCGUCUUCCACAUGUCACUCGGGUCAAAUGUCAGCUCAAUCUCUGCUCAUCCAGCCGAACCAGACGCUGCAGCAGGAACCCGGCGGAAACGGCUCACCCAGCGAUCAAAGCUCAGCAGCGUUCAUCUACCCCAACGUCCUGCCUCCAAAUCCUGACUCCGCUCAGCCUCUAAACCAACCAGCAGCCCCGACCCUGCCGUGUUCUCUACCAGCUCAUGGUGCCUCCACAUCUUUCACUUUCCCCUCCGUCCCUCCACAUGCGCAGAACCUCUCAUUUCCAAAUGUCUCUCCAAGUCCUGCCCUGCACCUCCAAAAUCUGAGCCACCAAGCUCAACCUCUCACCGCUGCCUUCCCUCCCUCCUCUUUCGCUCACCCGUCCUCCUCCCUUCCUCACCCUUCUUUCCAGCCCUCUGCUUGCUUGGCGUCUUCUUUCCAGCAGUCGGCCGGAACUCAUCCUCAAAACCUGCCCAAUCCCUCCUCAUCCUCCUCCACCCCCUCGUACCCACCAGUAGAAAUAGGAGCCAUCCCUCAGUUUAAUCCAGCUCCCCCCUACAGGCCGGAGAUGGUACUGCACCACCCAUCUCUUCUCCCACAGCUGGAUUCAUCCCUCCCCUCCUCUACCCCUCCUCCAUCCCUCUACCCAGCCUUUCCAUCCUACCCUCUGCGGCUGUGUCAGGACCCUCACUCAUCCCUCUCCAUCCCCUUCAGGCAUCUGUACAGACAGCACCAGCACGGCCACCCCCACCCACAGGGGUCCUACCUGGAUAUGAGCACAAGAGCGGUGUUUUGA